UUUUUUUUUUUUUCUCCAGCCGAGAGGACGCGGCUGUGAUACGAAGAUCUUGUGUGGACAGUAAUGACCUCACGUUUCCGAUUGCCUGCUGGCAGAACCUACAAUGUACGAGCAUCAGAGUUGGCCCGAGACAGACAGCAUACAGAGGUUGUUUGCAACAUCCUUCUUCUGGAUAAUACUGUACAAGCUUUCAGAGUUAAUAAACACGAUCAGGGGCAAGUUCUGUUGGAUAUAGUCUUCAAGCAUCUUGAUUUGACUGAACGAGACUAUUUUGGAUUACAGUUGGCUGAUGAUUCUACAGAUAAUCCAAAGUGGCUGGAUCCAAACAAACCAAUAAGGAAGCAGCUAAAGAGAGGAUCUCCUUACAGUUUGAACUUUAGAGUCAAAUUUUUUGUAAGUGACCCCAACAAGUUACAAGAAGAGUAUACAAGGUACCAGUAUUUUUUGCAAAUUAAACAAGACAUUCUUACUGGAAGAUUGCCUUGUCCUUACAAUACUGCUGCCCUUUUAGCUUCAUAUGCUAUUCAAUCUGAACUUGGAGACUACAAUCAAUCAGAAAAUUUGCCAGGCUACCUCUCAGAGUAUUCUUUCAUUCCUAAUCAACCUCAAGAUUUUGAAAAGGAAGUUGCAAAAUUGCAUCAACAACAUAUAGGCUCAUCUCCUGCAGAAGCAGAAUUUAAUUACCUAAAUACAGCACGUACCUUAGAACUCUAUGGAGUUGAAUUCCACUAUGCAAGGGAUCAAAGUAACAAUGAAAUUAUGAUUGGAGUGAUGUCAGGAGGAAUUCUAAUAUAUAAGAAUAGGGUACGAAUGAAUACUUUUCCAUGGUUGAAGAUUGUAAAAAUUUCUUUUAAGUGCAAGCAGUUUUUUAUUCAACUUAGAAAAGAGUUGCACGAGUCUAGAGAAACAUUACUGGGAUUUAAUAUGGUGAACUACAGAGCAUGCAAAAAUUUGUGGAAAGCAUGUGUAGAACAUCACACAUUCUUCCGUUUGGACAGACCACUUCCACCUCAAAAGAAUUUUUUUGCACAUUAUUUUACAUUAGGUUCGAAAUUCCGGUACUGUGGCAGAACUGAAGUCCAGUCAGUUCAAUAUGGCAAAGAAAAAGCAAAUAAAGACAGGGUGUUUGCAAGAUCCCCUAGUAAGCCAUUGGCACGGAAAUUAAUGGAUUGGGAAGUAGUAAGCAGAAAUUCAGUAUCUGAUGACAGGUUAGAAACACAAAGCCUUCCAUCAAGAUCUCCACCUGGAACUCCUAAUCACCGAAAUUCUGUAUUCACACAAGAGGGGAACCGGGUACGACCAUCUUCAGUUGGUCAUUUGGUAGACCAUGUGGUUCACCCUUCUGCCAGUGAAAUUUUUGUGAAUGAAAGAUCUCCAUCAUCAACACAAGCUAAUAGCAUUGUGCUGGAAUCAUCACCAUCACAAGAAACACCUGAAGAUGGGCAGCCUCCAGCUUUACCACCCAAACAAUCUAAGAAAAACAGUUGGAACCAAAUUUAUUACUCACAUUCUCAACAAGAUCUGGAAAACCAUACUAGUGAAACAUUUGAUGUUCCAUCUUCCCCUGAAAAGUCUACACCUAAUGGUGGUAUUCCACAUGAUAAUCUUGUUCUGAUCAGAAUGAAACCAGAUGAAAAUGGAAGAUUUGGAUUCAAUGUGAAGGCAGACCUCUGUGUCCCUCGAUUGAAUGAAGGGGACCAAGUUGUACUGAUUAAUGGUAGGGACAUUGCAGAACAUACCCAUGAUCAAGUUGUCCUGUUUAUUAAAGCUAGCUGUGAGAGACAUUCUGGAGAACUUGUGCUUCUAGUUCGACCUAAUGGUCCCACAAGUUAUGGGGAUCAACUAUAUCGGAAAAAACCUGGAAUGACAAUGUGUUGUGCCAAAUUACCUCAGAACAUUUCCAAAAAUAGAUAUAGAGACAUUUCACCUUAUGAUGCUACACGGGUUAUUUUAAAAGGCAGUGAAGACUACAUCAAUGCAAACUAUAUAAAUAUGGAAAUUCCUUCUUCAAGUAUCAUUAAUCAGUAUAUUGCUUGUCAAGGUCCAUUACCACAUACUUGUACAGAUUUUUGGCAAAUGACAUGGGAACAGGGCUCCUCCAUGGUUGUAAUGUUGACCACACAAGUUGAACGUGGCAGAGUAAAAUGUCACCAGUAUUGGCCAGAUGCAAUAGGAAGUUCAUCCUAUGGCUGCUACCAAGUCACUUGCCACUCUGAAGAAGGAAACCCUGCCUAUAUCUUCAGGAAGAUGACCCUGUUUAACCAAGAGAAAAAUGAGAGUCGUCAGCUCACUCAGAUCCAGUACAUAGCCUGGCCUGACCAUGGAGUCCCUGAUGAUUCAAGUGACUUUCUGGAUUUUGUUUGUCAUGUACGUAACAAGAGGGCUGGAAAAGAAGAACCUAUUGUUGUUCAUUGCAGUGCUGGAAUUGGAAGGACUGGGGUUCUUAUUACUAUGGAAACAGCCAUGUGUCUCAUUGAAUGCAAUCAACCAGUUUAUCCACUAGACAUUGUAAGAACAAUGAGAGAUCAACGAGCCAUGAUGAUACAAACACCUAGUCAAUAUAGAUUUGUAUGUGAAGCUAUUCUGAAAGUUUAUGAAGAAGGCUUUGUUAAACCCUUAACAACAACAUCAAAUAAAUAAGAAAACAAAAGGUCUGGGAUGUGUGUUGGAAAACUGCUUUUCAUUAUAAUCACAGUGCCAUAAGACUGUUCACAGGAAAUGGCAUCUCACAAAAAGUGAAGAACUCAAAAAUACUUUGAAAGCCUUCAGCACUAUUGCACUUUAUGUUUAGAAAAAAUGUCACUCUUUGGAGAUCUACAACUCAUAUAUUGGAAGACUAUUUCAUGCUUUGCUCCGAACAAAUAAUGAAUAACUGAGUAUGUUCGGGGUAAUUUUUGAAAUUUUGUGGUGGUGCCAUGCAGUCCCUUUUGGUAGAAUUGCCACAAACAAGGCUCAGAAUUCUCAUCAUCUCUGUUGUACCUGAAUCCUGAAAGCAAGAAGAAACAAAUAUCAGGAGUCAGCUCUGGCCUUUGCCAGUCGUUCAUUUACUUACUAAACUGGUUACCAGAUUUUAUUUUUAAGAUUUUAGCAAUACCAUUCUCAAUAUUAGCCAAUACACUGCCUAUGGAUGCAGCACAUCUAUCCCUACACACCCCUGUAAAGACCUGCUGUUCAGAAGAAAAGUGGAAUUUACUUUUCCAGGAAAUGCUGCAUAUUGUCCAUUUACCAGCAUCUUAUAGAAAAUAGAAAGAUGAAUCUACAAAUUUUCUUGGAUUUAGUAAUGUAACUUAUAUUUAUCAUAAAGUUGGCUUAUUCCAAAUCAUGUGAUUUCACAUACUUGAUGUAAAGGAAUGCAUGCAUUGUGUCUUAACCCCUUAAGUGCCUUGAGACAUCUUUGUAUGUCUAAUGAAAAGGCACUCAUUUGACCCCACUAGGAGGUAUGUAUGUAUAUUGUACAUUCUUACAUUUUUAUGCAUUUCAAAUAAGUUCACAUUUUCAAAAACAGCUUCUUGUAUUGAGAGUUAUACAGUCAAAAAAUGGCAAGGAAAUCCUGUCUUAGUACUUGUAUUUUGUCAUAAGCCAAGAAAAAGUUUGUAUUCUCUUGAGUGCACGCUCUGCUGCUAUGGAAUUGUUCAAAUCUGUACAUUCCUUUACUGAAGGACGGGUUACAGUUCAGCAGCUUAACUUUAAAAACAUGCUUUAUUCACAAUUUUGUACUGCUUUGUCCCUAACAUUAGAAGUGAUGUUUAAUAUGCACAUUAGAGAUAAACCUAUUGAUACAGUAAGUUAAAGUAAGAGCAGUUAAUGGGUUGUAGUUUAUUCCUAUCUGUAAGGCAUUACCUUUGGCACUUAUUUCAGUAAUAGCAAGCUUUCUCCCCUUAGGUGUUUUGGUUGGGAUUCUUGAAAAUAAAUACUAUUGACUUAUUUUUACAUGUAACUCUCAAUAGUAAAAUGAGAGUGUUGUCAUUUUUGUGUAUAAUUAAAUUCCCCAGUUUAUGCUUAUUAAGUUAUAAGCAUGGGAAUAAGGAGGUUUCUGAUUGUCCAGCCUGACUGAAGCUCUGACUCCCAUCAAGAACAUGUAAUUUUCCUCUUCAGGAUUUUUGCUUGUAAGGCUACAGAAAGAGAACCUUAAAUAUUACCCAGAUUAAUAUAAGUGAAAUUUGCUCACCUGCUCAAAUGUUUUUACAGAAUUAUUUUACAUGGAUAUAAUUAAGAUAGAUUUGCUUGUUAGUAUCUUAGUAUUUCUGUAUAGCUUUGAUAAAGUUUAGAACCAAUGGUAAAUACUUUGGGAUGUCAGGAACAAUAUAUAUUUAAA